CGAACACUUACUGUGCAUUACACUUCCGCUUAUCUAUUUCAGCAUUAUGUUCUUUUCAGUUAGCUAGGGCAUGAAUUUUUAUCGAUUACUAGCUUUCGAUAGCAACAGAUUCAUGGUUUAUUGUUCAAUGAAGGAAGAAUUUUGCUGAAUUAGAGGAAGGAUUAAGAUCAACAUGAGCGGAUCCAGGGAGAAUUCACCUGAUUGGCUGCGGUGUUUUAAGCCUCCCACUGAGACAACCUUUGAAUUAUCAUCGGAUUCUGUGGUUUCUUCCCCUGCUGGUAGUCCUUCAAAGGAUGAUGGAUCUGAUAGUGAAGAACUGACUUUGGGUAAGUCUUCAGAAACCUUAGAUGACAAUGAGAAUCUUGGAAAAAUUCUUGGUGAAAGUGGUGGUAAAUCUUCGAGAUCAAGGUUAUGUACUCCGAAAAAAGGGCAAAAGUUAGAAGAUGGUAAAUCUCCAGAGAAGAAUAAAACAGCCAAGAAAAGAACAGGUGGUAAGGUUGCUGGGAAAGUUCUCAAGAAAGAAACUGAUGAUGAGUUGAAAUCCUCAGUUUGGACACUGUCUUCAGAUUCCGAGUCAUCUCCUCAAAACAGUCCUACAGCGGAAAAUGAUAAGCAAGAUUCUGAUGAUGAGAAAAUUUCUCAAUGUAUAGGCAGAGGGAAGAAGGCGGUCCUUGGCAGUAGCAGUGACUCUCCCUCUAAGAAGGCUUCAAAAGAUAAAUCACCAAAAAAAGAGCUGCAAGUGGAUGGCCUUACAACAAUAAAAGAAAAGAAAAAGAGUAGUUUGAAGAAAGAAGCAAGUGAUGAUGUGGAAAUGAAAGAGGAAGGGGCACCUGAAAAACAAGUUGAAUCUCGAGUAUCUUCUGGAAGAUUUCCUUUGAUACUCUCCGAGAAAGUCCAACGAACAAAGGCACUUGUAGAGUGUGAAGGGGAUUCCAUAGAUUUGGCUGGUGACAUAGGUGCUGUUGGACGAGUUGUCAUUUCAGAUGCUGCAUCUGGUGAUCCUGAGAUGUACUUGGAUUUGAAAGGAACCAUAUACAAAACAACAAUAGUUCCUUCCAGAACAUUUUGUGUAGUUAGCUUUGGACAAUCAGAGGCAAAGAUAGAAGCCAUCAUGAAUGACUUCAUUCAGUUAAAACCACAAUCAAACGUCUUUGAAUCCGAAACUAUGGUUGAAGGAACACUGGAUGGUUUCUCAUUUGAUUCGGAUGAAGAGGGUGAAAAGGUUCCGAAAGCUCAACAAACUGAGCUCGGUGAAGAUGGUGAAGAGAAAACUAAUGGAAAGUCAAAAGGAAAAGCUGAGAAAGCAUCGGGCGUUGCACGAAAGCGGGGUAGAGCUGCGGGAGGGAAGGCACAACCGCAAAAGAAAGUAAAAAGGAAAGCUCCAGCUUCCAAGAAAACCAAGGGCAAGGCCAAGAAGUGAGGAUAAACUUAUAUUUUUAUUAUUUAUUUUAGUUCUGCCAUAACUAACAAUCAAUAGAAUUUGUAUUAUGUUCUAUUAGAUGACACUAAUUGUAGGUUUUUACAAACAUGUUGGUUCGAAUUUAUGGCGAAAUAAUGGGAUCGAUAUACCUUGAAAAAUUUAAUUUUAAUAAUACUGAAAUAUCAUAUUACCCUUAUAA